AUGUCCAUUGACCAAGAAUUCCCCACAGUCCCAGCGCCACCUAUGGUACUUCCCCUCAGCUCCAUGGCAGAGAAUGUUUCACAAUUUACGGAUUUCAUGGCAAAGAAUGGUGUCAGGUACAUCACCACAGCCCCUUACCACCCUGCAAGUAAUGGGCAGGCAGAAAGAUAUUUCCAAACGUUCAAACAAGCCUACAGAGCAGGACAUGGAAGCCUCUCACAAAAGAUGCCCAAUUUUCUUCUGCAGUACAGACACUCACCCAAUGGAACCACAAGAUGUUCCCAAGCACAGUUGAUGUUUGGUCGACCACUUCGUACACGUCUGGAUUUGAUAAGCCCAAAUGACGCGUUUCAACGAAAGAGAAAUGACCAAGCGUUACAUCUCUCAAUUGCCAUACAAAUUGUGUCAUGA